GAGAGGUUUACUUAUCAGUUACAGAGUAGUAAAGAAGGAGAGAGAGAGAGAGAGAGAGAGAGAACAGAAAAGAAAUAACCAGGGAUAUUAAUAAGAAUGAAAAGAGAGAAAAUAAUGUCAGGUUUGGAUUUAUCCUGUAUUAGAGAAAUAAAUAAAUAAAGAAAAGAAGACUGAGAGAAGAAACCCAGAAGCCCGCUUGCCGGAUUGUCUAUAUUUCCUCUCUGUGGAGUUUACACACGCACUGACGAGGAGUUUGUGUUGUUUUUGUCUUGUUUGUGUUAUGCACCUGUUAUACGCGCUUAUAACGGAUAUGCGCACUGCACGCGCUGUGAGCGGGACGCGGUGUGGAGCUCUGGGCGCGCGCUGGAGCAUUCUGCAUAUUUGUAAAAGAGAAAAAGGAGAGAGAGAGAGAGAGAGAGAGAGAGAGUGGGAUGAAUAAUUAACUGAAAAAACACGGUGUUUAUUAUUUUUUUUAAAUAUAACUUUUUUGGGAACCAUGAGAAUGAUUUGGUUAUUAAUGUCACUUUUGGCUGGAACACAUGCGCAGUUGCGCUACACGGUGCCGGAGGAGCAGGAACGCGGCACAGUGGUGGGUAAUGUGGCUGAGGAUCUGGGCUUAGAUGUCACCAAGCUGUCUGCACGCCGUUUCCAGACGGUGCCGGUCCCAAGCUCGCCACGUACAUCUCCACCUCCAGCACUACUUGAGGUGGACCUGGAGAGCGGAGCGCUGGUGGUGCGUGAGCGUGUGGACCGAGAAGAGCUGUGUGGCAGGAAUACACCAUGCCUCUUACAUCUGGAGAUGUUCCUUGAGGAGCCGCUUGAGCUUUUCCGUGUAGAGACAGAAGUGCUGGAUGUGAAUGACAAUGCACCCCAUUUUCCACGUGCUGACAUUGCCGUGGAGAUCAGUGAGAGUGCCACGCCAGGAACACGCUUCCCUGUAGACGGUGCCUUCGACCCAGAUGUGGGCACAAACUCGCUGAGUGCAUACGCUAUCACAAGCAAUGAGCACUUCCGCCUGGACGUACAGACACAAGGUGACGGGAGCAGGUACGCGGAGUUGGUGCUUGAAAAACCACUAGAUCGUGAGAAGCAGGCAGUGCACCGAUAUGUGCUCACAGCCGUAGACGGAGGACAGCCUCAGCGGACUGGAACCGCGCUCCUGGUGGUUACCGUGCUGGAUUCAAAUGACAAUCCGCCCGUCUUCGACCAGUCUGUGUAUUCAGUCACAAUGCGGGAGAACUCCCCUGUGGGCACGCUCAUCAUCCAGCUAAAUGCCACUGAUGCAGACGAGGGCACUAACGGAGACGUGGUGUACACGCUGAGCAGUCAUAACCCACCACAUGUACGUGAACUGUUUGCUGUUGAUGCACGCACAGGCCGUGUGGAAAUCACCGGGGAGGUGGAUUACGAGGAGAUCAGCACACAUCAAAUUCACGUCCAGGCCCGAGACAUGGGGCCAAACGCAGUCCCUGCACAUUGUAAGGUCCUGUUCAAACUUGUAGACGUAAACGAUAAUGCACCUGAGAUCGUAUUCAGCACUGUGACGGAGUCUGUUAGCGAGCGUGCGGCUCCCGGCACUGUAGUCGCCAUGCUUAGCGUCUCUGACAGAGACUCAGGUGAAAAUGGGCGUGUUACCUGUGAGCUACUUGGUGGAGGGGAGAGCGAGGAUGCUCCACCCUUCAAGCUCAAGCCUUCCUCGCUGAAGAACUACUACACCGUGGUAACAGAUGGAGCACUGGACCGUGAGCACGUGGAGUUAUACACGCUUACGGUGGUAGCACGAGAUAAUGGUACUCCACCACUGACCACGAGCAAGUCCAUCCACGUGCGUGUUGCAGACGAGAACGACAACGCACCACGUUUUGCGCAGGCCAUCUAUGAGGUGCACGUGACUGAGAAUAAUGUGCCUGGUGCGUAUAUCUAUGCUGUGACUGCAACGGAUGUGGAUGCUGGUGAGAACGCACGUGUAACUUACUCUAUAGAGGAGCGUGAGAUCCAGGGCAUGUCUGUGCUGACUUAUGUGUCCAUCAACGCAGAGAACGGCUACGUGUAUGCACUACGCAGUUUUGAUCAUGAGCAAAUCAGAGAAUUUACCUUUACAGCGCAUGCAACAGACUGUGGGACCCCUGAGCUUACAACAAACGCCACUGUCCUGGUGAUUGUAGUGGACCAGAAUGACAAUGCACCAUCUGUAAUCGCACCACUGGGCAAAAACGGUACAGCAGCACGUGCCCCCUUGCCCCGAUCAGCAGAGCCAGGCUAUUUGGUGACACGAGUGAUCUCGACAGAUGCAGACGAUGGUGAAAACGCACGUCUCUCAUACAGCAUUGCACAUGGAAAUGACUUCGGCCUGUUCCGUAUGGACUGGAGGAGUGGUGAAUUGCGCACCGCACGCCGAGUGACUGGUGGGAAACGGGACUCAUUGCUGCAGUCACAGUUACAUCCUCGUGCCUAUGAGCUACUGAUCGAGGUUAGGGAUCAUGGACAGCCACCGCUCUCCUGCUCUGCCCGCAUUGAUGUGGUGCUUGUGGAUGGCGCUGCAGUGACCCUGGAUGAGGAAGGAGGGGAGAAGGAGGGUAGAAGAUCACGUGGCGGGGCUCGAGGUUCAGCCAGGUCUGAUGAGGGAGCACCAGAGAUGACGCUUGUGCUCCUUGUGGCGCUUGGUUCCGUGUCAUCUGUAUUUCUACUCGCCAUGAUAGCGCUGGCUGUGCAGUGCCGCCGGAAGGACAAAAAAUUCAGUGCACUUACAUGCCUGACAGGAGAUUGCUGCUCCUGUUGUAGCUCGUGUUGUGGCCGACGGUCACGUGUACGGCAGAAGAAGCUCACCAAGUCAGAUAUUGUGCUAGUGCAGAGCAAAACAGCAGCACAGGUGCCUGUCGAGGAAUCUGGGACCGGGGGCAGUGGUGCAUUCGGCACGCACCUUCAUCAGCACCAUCACCACUGCUACCAGGUGUGCCUCACUCGCGAGUCUGCCAACACUACUGACCUGAUGUUCCUGCAGCCGUGUUGCAGCCCGUCACGCAGCACCACAGACACGGAGCACAACACUGCACGUGGAGCCACCGCUGUCCUUCUUACUGACCAGCAACCGGACAUCAUAUCCAAUGGCAGUGUCUUAUCCGGAGAAAUAAAACAUCAGAGGACAGAACUCAGUUACCUCGAUAGACCACGCCGUGUUAACAGUUCUGUCUUUCAGGAGGAUAUAGUCAGCUCUAAAGACAGUGGGCAUGGAGACAGCGAGCAGGGAGACAGUGACCACGAUGCUACAAACCGUCUGCAUUCCUCUGACCUGUUCUCAAACUGUACAGAUGAAUGUAAAGCUCUCGGACAUUCGGACCGUUGCUGGAUGCCCUCGUUUGUCCCCGGUGAUGGUCGCCAUGGUGCUGAUUACCGUAGCAACCUACAUGUCCCGGGGAUGGAUGCAGUGAUGGACGGAGAGCACGUAAGAGGAUUUCCUAGCACGUUCUGCACAGACGUCGCGUCAGAAACAUAGUGAGCUCCGGAGCGGCCCGAAACCUCCACACGUGUGUUUACGAUUUUAUUUUUAUUCUUGUCCUGGGUGACUUUCAUUUUCACACCAAAAACUGAAAUGCUGGACUGAAAGCGUGCUCAGCAGGACUGAGGGCAAAAAGCGCUUCUCUUAAAACACAGGGGGAAAAGACAAGAUGACAGAAAGAACAGAGGAGGAGAAGAAGAAAGCAGACUGAUAAACAUGGACCAAAAACAGAUGAACAGAAAAAACAAAAGGAUGGAAAAUAAUCUCUGGACAUGAACAGUUUGACUGUCUUUGUGUAUCUCUCUCUUUCUCUCUCUCUCACACACCACAAAGUGACUAAUCUGAGCCCUUUAGCUGUCUUUCUCUCUCUCUCUCUCUCUCUCUCACACACACACACACACACACACACACACACACACACACACACACACACACAGAGCUUUGUAUAAAGUGCAGCCCAAAAUGUCUCUUUGUAAUUCUUACUUUUAUCCACAUUUCUCUUUUCCUCCAUUCUCUCUCUCUCUCUCU